AUGGACACGAUAACAUACGAGCUGUUAAAUGAGUGGCAGGAUAGAUACACGAGCACAAACAAAGGUAGUUGGACGCAGAAAAUGAUACCGUCCGUAAGACAGCGGUACCAUCUACCUCUGGACCUUGACCACUACACCACUCAGUUCCUCACCGGUCAUGGGGACUUUAAAGCCAAACUCUAUGGUUUCAAACUGGUAAACGACCCGAUCUGUGCAUGUGACCGCAAACCGGAGACGGUGAACCACGUCCUCAGGUUUUGCCCAAGAACAGCAUCAGCGAGACGCAAAUUGAAAUUAACAAUGAGAGAAGAAGGAGAAGCGUGGCCUCCAGAAAACGGAGCCUUCCUCAAGUCUCGCAGAACAUUCCAAGCCCUUAAGUCCUUCGCGAGAGAAGCACUCACGAACAGGAUCGACAGAUAA